AGGUGGAGGGGGAGCUGUCAGAGGAGGAGGAGGAUGAUGAUGACUCCAAGAGUCAGGAUAAGAUUGAUGAGGCAGGACUUGUUGGCGUGCAGCAGACCACCAUAGUGGCAGUGGCAUCCGGAGGUUCAGGUGUUUCAUCCAACAUUCAAGAUUUGAGUGGUCACAGAGGUGAUCCUUCAUCAGCAGCUAGAGAUCCGAGCAGCUCAGCAGCUUCACAACAAACAGGUUCUGCAAAUUCUGCAGGUUCUCCAGGAUCUGCAGGUUCUCCAGGUUCUCCAGGAUCUCCAGGUUCACCAGAAACAGUCUCUGUCUCUUCUGCUCACACUGAACCUGCAGAUGGUCGUCCAGCAGCUUCAUUUCACACAGAAACUAAUGGUAAUGGACAGAAGCUGCUGAAUGGAGGAGGAGGAGGAGGAGGUGACAUUCAGACAGAAAACAUCCAACCAUCCACUCAUGACUUCCUGCUCGGCCUGAUGGGUGGAGGUGAUCCAUUCGGACCAGGUGUUCACAUCAACAUUCCAGGUCACAUGACUCCACCCACCCAGCUGAUCUCCACAGAUCCUGCUCAUCACUCUGACAUUAGCAUCGACCAAUCAGGACCAGACCGCACGUCUGUGAGCUUAGUACCGGACCAAUCGCUGUCCAGCUCUGCCUCAAGCUCCUCACACUCUUCAUCACAAGGAGAUGGAGCCGACUCACCUGAUGUUAAUGGAAAUGGUCGACAGACUCUGCUGACAGACUCAAACACAGCAGGUGGAGCAGAGUCAGGGACCAAUUUUCACAUUGACCUCACAGCAUCAGGUCUUGGACUUGGCCAUGAUGUCACAGAGUCAACCCCUGUCGUCCUUCACACGGAAUCUGUAGACAGGUUCACACACACAGCUUCAGGUGGUUACUCCCACACAGACCUGGUUACCAUGGCAGCAGACUCCACAGGGGCAGACACAGUUUCAGCAGAUCCAACAGGACGUCCACUGGACUCUACUAAUCCAGCUGUGACAGAUCACACACAGGCGGCUGGUUCUGCUUGUUCUCUGCAGGUUCAGUCACUGAACAGUACAACCCAUCUGGUCAGGGUCCUGAAGGUGCAGAAAAUGUGGAACUGGAGGAUACCUGCUGACUUCCACAUCAAGCCGCGAGUUCGAUUCCUGCGCUACCGAUUCCAGUGUACCGACCAAUCAGCAUGGCCCAGGAAAUCAGACCCCCCCCACUAGCUACAGGCCCUGCCCACUGAAUGUCAGCAGCUCGUUGGUGUUUUUUAAAAUAUUUAAAGUUUUGUUGAUAGACUUUUAUUUUGUAGAAAAGACAUGAAACUAAAUUAGCUUGAAUCUCGAAACAAUUGGUGAUUGUAUUCACUUAAUGACAUUCAACAUGAGACAUCAUUCAACAUGUGACAUCAUCACUGUCAGGAUUGUAAAAUGUGUUUUGAAACUUCAA